AUGACUGCCUCCUCCUCACUCGUGCUGUACCGUCCAACCUCACCAAACACAAUGGCCAUACGCUCCACCUCCAACACAUUAAUCUCGUCGCGACUCUUCACGCAAGCCACUGGCACCGCCAUCGCCACCGAACUCCUGUACCGCAUCCUCUUCGACAUCAUCAACCGCAUGCUGUCUUCCCUGCAGCAACUUGCCGCGCGCGGCAUGGACGAAGCCUCCACCUGGAUGCACCGCAAGCUGCAAGAGCGCCGCGACAGGCUUGACGCCGCAAAAGCGAGUGCCCCCGCCGAUGGCCUCAACAUCGUGCAGGAGGUCGGCAAGCUCGCGGAAAAACAAGGCUUCGUCACGUGUCCGUUGACGGGGCAUGUGAUGGAGGCAAGGGGGGAAGCGAGACGGGGUCCCCCCGUUGGACCACCCAUGUGGGUGCGAGGUGUGCUGAAAGGCAUUGACGAGGGGAGGAUAUCCGAGAGGGAUCUGUGGAUCCAGACGCAUGGAGAUUGA